AUGACCCUGAAGCAUAUAAGGACAUGCCUGUCCCAGAUAAGGUACAGUAUAUUAGGUAUAUAUGUUAUGGAGAAGCCUGUGUGAACAGAAGUAUGAUUAACUUCAUAUGAUAUCAACAUCUGCACAAUGUUGAUUGUCAACAAAGCUUAUGGAGUUUGUCCUUUACUUGACCAAGAGUUGUCAUUGUUGCUUUAGAUCAAUUUUAAGUUACCAUUCAAUCUCCUUAAAACUUCAAAUAUUUUUAACAGAGAUCCUCACAGUAUACGAAGGAUAAGGUCGAUGAGUUCCACGACGACAAAAUCUCGGUGAGUCUCCAUCUAUAUUUCUGUAGUUCAAGUUCUUUCCUGAAAUCUUUGAACCCUACUCAGUCUUAAUGUUGUAUAUUUUUGCCACUAGAACCUCCUGGCACGUGGUGUUCAGAUGGACAGUGACCAGGAAGAUGGUGAUGAAGAGGUGAGUUAAAGGCCAACAACUGCAAGUAAACAGUAUCUUAUAGAGCAGAACUUGAAUGACUUAUCCAUGCAGACAUCACAUUGAGCUGAUGAUUAUCAUGUUGUUUGCAGGAGGAAGUGAUGGCUCUGGACCUCUCUGACUCAGAGGAUGAUGAAGAGGAGGAGGAGGAAGAAGAGGAGGCUGAUAUGGACAGUGAUCUGGAAGGGAAGAAGGAUGAUGGUAAUUAUACAGCCCAAUGUCAACCUACUAUAGCAGUUUUUGUACCCACUCAACUAUUGACCUGGUUUUUAUGUGCAUGUGUAUUUUGCUGAAUUAACAUAUUAAAUGUGGUUGUCUGCUCCUAGAUCUCCCCAAUGAUAUGGCAUGGGGAAACAGGAAGAAGAUGUUCUAUGACUCUGACUAUGUGGCUGCCAGUGAGUAUUUCAAAUUGUAUUAAUUCAUUCUUCUAUCAUUCCUGAAUAUUUCAAUCUGGUUGAUGUAGUUAUGUUUGUUUGACAUAGGCUGUUUCCUUGAAACUACUCACUUUUUGUUGUUGCAGAGGGAAAAUCUCAGCAAGACGUAGAGGCAGAGGAUGAAGAGGAAGAGGAAGAAGCUAAGAAUAUUCAGAGACGAUUGGCUGCCAAUCUUAGCGAGGAGGACUAUGAUCUUAACCUCCUUCAGGUAUACAUUAUCAGCAACAAAGUAUACAUGCUUGAGCCUUCAGCUCUAUCAAAGUAAAGAAACACAUUUUCCUGUUGUCCUCAUUGUGUGUGUGUGUAUGUGUAGGAGUUCGCUGUAGAGGAGCAGGGGGUAGAGAAGGGUGUGGAGAAGGAGAGGAUUGUGAAGGACCUGAAGCAGAUGUCCCAGAAGGAGAAGAUGAAGCUGCUGAAGAAAGAGUCACCAGAGCUACUGGAGCUCAUUCGGGACUUUAAGGCAAAGGUAUGAUAACCACAACCUAACCACUACUGUAUGUACAGCAGAAUAAGAAACAUACAGUAUAAUCCACACUUCAUUUUGUUGAACCUGUAACGAGUUGCAGUAUGUUGGUGUUAGUUACUACUGGUGGUGUUGAGUGGUAAUGCCGUACUGUUUGCCAAUGGUGUUGUGUGCAGUUGGCAGAGCUGAAGGACGAGCUACAGCCCCUUUUGGAGAUGGUCAAAGAUGGACGGAUCCCACCGGGAAAGGGUGCCAACUACCUCAAGACCAAACAGCAGCUUUAUCUAAAGUAAGUGUGAAUGUUAUUUGUAACAUAAAUUGCAUAAACAAUGCCAAUGAGAAUCAACUCGCUUAUUGUUAUUUCUGUCCUUAGUUACUGCACAAACAUCAGUUUCUACUUGGUCCUGAAAGCAAAGCGUAUUCCCGCACACAACCACCCAGUGAUUGAAAGACUGCUGACUUACAGAAAUGUGAGUAGAUGCAUUGUCGUUUGUGAUUGAUACAAUUGUAGGUAUACCAUGUGUAGUUGGUAUGAUUCAGAUCGUGUCCUAUAAUAAUAGUGUUCUGACUGUCCCUGCAGCUGAUAAAUGAGAUGGGUGAGGUAGACUCUCGGCUUGCCCCACAGCUGCACCAGCUGCUCUCUGCAGACCAGAAGGAGAAGUCUGCUAGAAAGUCAGAGAGCAGCAAACCGAUCACCAACAAGAAGGUCAAGGUGAGAAAUUAGUUUGAUGUUGGUCCAUUAGGUGAUAUGGAUGAUGUACAUACUUAAAGGUAGACUCAGCGAUAUGACGUAGAUGCACAAAGUAAACAUAGUGGGUGAAUUUCCUCAAUUUAGAGCGUUGAAGCACAAGGCUAAACUUCCCUGCUGCAUUGGUCCUGUUGCUACCACGCUGUAACAGCGUAAAGCGAACCUGUGAACAUGCGCAAAUACUGUGUGAGAGGGAAGUCUUGUGUCUUGUCAAACACAAAUCUGCGAUGAUGCUUGUGGCAACGUCAUUUCGCUGAGUCUACCUUUAAACUGGACUGGUCCCUAUGUUGUCAGGUGUCUGAAGAGGCUGGGGCGGAAUCAUCUGAAGACUCAUACUCUGACUUGGAUGAGGAGGCUGCCCUGCGCUUCUACAGAGGAGUGGAGGAGAGGCUGAAACUGAAGAGGAAGAGCAAGGACCCACAGGAUCAGGAAGGGUGAGUGUUACCCAGGUACAUUAUAGAGCCCCACAGUGAAGGUGUCAUAAUACCCAUAAAACCUAGCGGUCAAACAGGGAAAUGGUUCCAAUCGUUUUUCCACCAUUCAUUUUUCCCAUAGGGGAUUUUUGAAACACUCCAAAUAAGGGCUGUGUUUCGUGUAGGCUUACCCUGCGGUGACGUUUUGAUAACCAUGUAAAUAUCUCUCGGACAAGGUGACUUUUAUCAAUAUAUUCAGCUCUAUUUACUCUCAGAUUCGAAAAUGCCAAUUGGUAUCAAAUUAGACAUCAUGCAAGACUACAAAUUUCUGCAAGCGCCUACACGUGUAAUCUCUAGCUGACACCUUUGCUAACAGGUAUUGUGUCAAUUAAAAAAUUGCCCAAUACCGUUCACAGAAUUAUCAAUAUAAAGAAAUGUUGCCAAUUCAUUCAUUACUACAUUUAGCUAACAGAUAGUUAACCCAGAGAUUCUUAAGGUUGCCUCGAUUCGGCAGUCUCGUCCAGAUCAUCAUGGCAUUUGUAGUUCUUUUUGAUAGCCACAUUAGCAGCUAAUUAGCGUUUCAUUGGUUGGGGGUAAAUACAGGCGAAUAUAUUGAUAAGUCUUCUUUAUCUUGGCCAGGUCGCAGUUGUAAAUGAGAACUUGUUCUCAACUGGCUUACCUGGUUAAAUAAAGGUUAAAUAUAUAUAUUUUUCAAAAUAAGUCACCUUUUCCAAGAGAUUUACACGCUUAUCAAAACGUCACGCCAGGUUAAGCCUUCAUGAAAUACAGCCCUUAUUUUAUUAAGUGCCCUUACAAAAAAAGAUUGCUGUCUGAGUCCAGUAUAACUGCAGUUUGCUGCAAAUACUGCAUCCAAAAUAAGUUUUUUUUACUACAGUAGUUUUGUAGUGUAACUGCAGUUACAGUGCAGUAUAACUGCAGUACUCUGCAAUUACUGUGUCCAAAAUACCACAGUCGACUGCAGUUACUGCAAUCUUUUUUUGUAAGGCUGUUUCUAAAAUCCCCUAUGGGAAACAUUUAUGGUGGAAAGACUAUUCUAACCAUUUCCUUGUUUGACCGCUAGGUUUUAUGGGUAUUAUGACUCAUACUGUGGUACUCUCUUCAAGUUCACAGAGUAGGAAUGAGAUAGGCAGGGCUUGAUGGUAGAUCUAUUUCCUCGUUGCAGAUUGGAGGAGGCAGGAGAUGAAGAGGAGGUGGAUCCAGAUGCAAAGAGACGCAUUAGCUACCAGGUACAGUGUAACACCCUCUGAGAAUUAGAAAUGAAUUACACACAUUCAAGUAUACAGCAGCAAUGAUUUAUUGUUCAUCUUAGCCUUCAUGUACAAUAUUAACUUGUUUUCAUGUCUCUUGUUCACAUUUUCAUUGUAUAAAGCACAGUAUGAGACAUUUAUUCUCCCAAUAUAUCAUGACCUUCAUAUCAAUCUUGUGCUUUGUAUGUAAGAGUAUUAUAUUCCCUUCCUAGUUUAAACCAUUAGUCUAAUUAGUACAUGCUGCUCUAUCCUUUCUGAAGAUGGCCAAGAACAAAGGGCUUACACCAAAGAGGAAGAAGAUUGACCGCAAUCCCAGAGUCAAACACAGAGAGAAGUUCAGACGAGCCAAGAUCCGCAGAAAGGGACAGGUUUGUAGACUACAUUUAAACUUGAAGUUGCAGUGUAUAAAAUGUAUACAAAUGCUAUGUAUGAUUGAUUUAUAAGUGCUUCGCAGGAAUUACUGACACCUUCAGGCAGAUCUUUCAGAACCGCUGCUGUAUACUGAUAUUAUAUACAGUAUUUCAUAGCAAAAUUGACAACUUGUGUCAAUUAUGGGCCAAAUUUAAAAAAAGACUGUUGGAAUUCAUAGUUCUUCAAACAAAUCUACAUAAAAGUAUUUAAUGUAUUCCAGGUUCGUGAAGUCCGUCGUGAGGAGACAAGAUACAGUGGAGAGCUGUCUGGUAUUCGUGCUGGAGUUAAAAAGAGUGUCAAACUCAAGUAACCAGCCCAUCUGUUUCCUUUAAGGAAGAUUGUCAACAGUUCCCUGUGGACUGAUUUGUCCAACACAAUGUAAUACCAACACAAUGUAAUACCAACACAAUGUAAUACCAACACAAUGUAAUACCAACACAAUGUAAUACCAACACAAUGUAAUACCAACACAAUGUAAUACCAACACAAUGUAAUACCAACACAAUGUAAUACCAACACACAGUUGAGGUUUAAUGUCCCAAGUCUGUCACUUUACUGAUGUACUAUUGUCUGUGACAUUACUCUGACAAUCUGCUUUGUUGUAAUGAAACUGCUAUAAAGUUGUUCUUAAUCAAGUAAAACUUUAUUGUUUGGCCUUAUCAUUCCACAACCCACAUGUUGUAAUCUGCUUCCAGACAUAAGAUGGUCAAGGAUCGUUUUGCUGUUUUUAUGUAAUGUAUUUUUAUUUUAUUUUUUUACAGCAGACAGUGAGUACCGAAACCUACUUACCCAUGCACAUUAAUGUCUGAUCUAGGUGGUGAAAGCCAAGCCAGAUAAAAUAAAGAUCCAAACUCGACAAGCAUGAACUAAAGCCAGAUUUAAGCAGAGUUUAGUCCACAGAGAUUGUCCCAAGCCCAGGGACGUGUACUGUCCAUUAGUGUUUCUCCAAGUUGCCAGGUCUCCUAGUAAGCAGCAUUGUUUAGGGCUGACCCUAAAUAGUCAACUGGUCGAUUGUUUGGUCGACAGAAUGUUUUAGUCAAGCAGUAACCUAUAUAUAUCAAGCAUAAUUUGGCUUUUAGUUUAGGCCUCAGCAAUGGAUUAGUUCAUGG